AUGCCUCUGCCAAAUAUUCUGAAAAAGGCAAGCAGUUAUAUUUUAGGCGAUUGUAAUCAGGACAAUCGUCGUACUAUGUAUCAGGAUGGUGAAGCAUUAUUUUGCAAGAAUAACGUAUGCGUUCAUCCACCAACUUUAAUGAGACAGAACUCCGAUGUGGUACAUCAUCCCGGUUAUAUGGCCAUAACCUGUAGGUUUAAUAAAAAUUCUAAUGUACCAACUUUACAUCUCAGUUGGAUCCCGAAUAGCACACUCCGUAAACAUCCGACUACGUUAGAGAAUUUAAGCGUGAAGAAGCCGGACUGCGCUACCCAUCGAGACACCGACAUAAGCUCUCACCAUUCCCAAAUAUCAGAGGAAAGUUGUGACUUAAAAUGUGAAUACGAAAAUGCUGAGAAGGUUGACGUCUGUUUAGAAGUAAAGGAACCUAUUAAUUGCGGAGAUUGUGAACGCGUUUGUUCUGGUGGUUUCCCACGAAGUGCACGUCUCGAAGGUGACGAUACGAAAAACGAUGACGGAGAAAGUAUAUGUGAUCAUCAAACUCUGCUUACGUCAGAAGUUAAAGAGACUCCGAAUGUCAAUAUCAAUCGGGAAACAAACUAUCAUCGGUCUGACAGUUUAUCGUCUACUAUACAUGAAGAAAGUGAUCACAGCAUCGGUUUGAAUCAGUUACGUUCUCAAUCUCUGAAUUUGAAACAUGACGAGAAUCAACAGUGCAAAGAUAAAAAAGUUUCUGAAUCGCAUGAAAAUGAUAGAAUAAGUAUCGACGAAGAAAUGAGAUAUCCUUAUUGUGAUGAUACUAGCCUGAAAAGCCGUAGCAUGUCAUUAACCUCUACAUGUAGCUUAUCGGUCGGUGUAUCUUCAGAAGCUGAAGAAAUCCCGUCAUGGAUGAGAUCACCUGAACUUUUAGCUUUACAGCAUAACCUCACAUUUCCUGAAAGUGCAACAGCUUCACCAGUGACAUUACGUAGAGCACAUAGAUGUAGAAGGUUUUCAGUGGAUCUCAGCGAAAUGAGAUCCCUAAGAUUGUUUUUUGCUGAUCCAGCUUGUACUUCUGGUCAAUUAGUAGUUGCAAGUAGAGAGAGCCAAUAUAAGAUUCUACAUUUCCAUCAUGGUGGGUUAGACAGACUGGCAGCUACUUUACAUCAAUGGCACCAAUUGCUUUAUCCACGCUUAGAUACAGACGCUGAGGAGACACUUCCAUAUAGACAUUUCAUGGUAUGUCGGCCAGAGGUAAGUCGUGAUGAACUACACCCAGAAGAGGGACAAGUACCGAUGAUUACAUCGCUAGCUUGGAAGGAUUUAUUAAACGAGAGAGGUCAGGUAGAGGAUGAUCUUGCCCUUCGUAAAGGGAUAUUUUUUGGUGGACUAGAACCUGCAUUAAGGAAAAUUGUGUGGCCCUUCCUUCUUCAUUGUUAUUCAUAUCAAAGUACCUAUGAAGAUAGAGAGCAUAUUGAUGCCAUUCGUAGACAGGAGUAUGAGGAAAUACAAAAACGUAGGCUGAGUAUGGGCCCAGAACAAGCAGACCAUUUCUGGAGAAAUGUGGUGUGUAUUGUAGAAAAAGAUGUUGUUCGUACUGACAGAGGAAAUCCUUAUUAUGCCGGAGAGGAUAAUCCAAACAUUGAAAUAAUGAAAAAUAUUCUGUUAAAUUAUGCAGUUUAUAAUGCCCGAUUAGGAUAUACUCAAGGUAUGUCUGAUUUAUUGGCUCCUUUAUUAGCUGAACUUAAUUCCGAAAUCGAAGCAUUUUGGUGCUUUGCUGGCUUAAUGCAAAGAUCUGUGGCUGUGUGUACGCCUACCGAUGUAGAUAUGGACAGAAAUUUAUGUUACUUAAGGGAAUUAGUUAGAAUAAUGGUACCAGACUUUUAUGCACAUCUACAAAAACAUACGGAUGCCCUGGAACUUCUAUUUUGUCAUAGAUGGAUACUCUUAUGUUUGAAACGUGAAUUUCCUACCGAAGUAGCGUUAAUAAUGUGGGAAGCUUGUUGGGUAAAUUAUUUAACCGACCAUUUUCAUCUAUUUCUUUGUCUUGCUAUAAUGUGCGUUUAUGCAGAUGAUGUAAUAGCUCAAGAUCUGAGAACAGAUGAGAUGCUAUUGCAUUUUAGUUCUUUAGCUAUGUAUAUGGAUGGAAAUCUCAUAUUGAGAAAGGCAAGAGGCCUACUUCAUCAUUUUCGUCAACUUGUACGUUUACCAUGCACAUUAGCAGGGCUUUGCCGACAAUGCGGCCCCGGAAUGUGGGAUAGCACGCAUGAUCCCGUUAUAGAAUGUGUAGAUCACAAUGAUGCACCCUGUCCAUACUUGAACAAUUAUGAAUAACGACCUAACUUAAUGAAAGUGAGAAAAGUAUCCUAUUGUUAAAGCUUUCAAAUUAUUCUUACGUUAAAUAAUCAAAUUAAAUGCUGCUCUGAUAUAACAUAAAUAAGUUAUAUAAAUCGCAGUUGAUUAAAUGUUGUAAGUAAUAACAGAUGUUAAUGAAAGUAUAAUAUUUGACUCAUUGUUUGUACGAUUACGUAAUAUCAUGAACGAAAGGACAUAUAUUUAUAUUAUCACGAAUCUUAUUUGCGUAACUUCAUAACUUAUAAAUGCUAAUUCAAAAAUAUGUGACAAAUUAAGUUCGGUAAUCAAUAAGAAACGAAAGACAUAUCUUAAAAUUUAACAUUCAGCUGAUUCCAAUUUAAAGAAAUUACAAAAGGUUUUAAUGAUUAUGUACCUACAACUUCUGUAAAACAAAAAGGUAUUCUGUACUAAAUAAUUAGGUAGGAUUUCAACGAUUAUGACGAGUUUUAACCGAAAACCUGUAGUACAAUUAAAGACUGAUGACCAAAGAAGAAUGGAGUAUUAUAAGCAUUUUGGCUUUGAAACCUCCAGACAAAAAGAAGCUUUUUCACUGCACAAACAUUAUGCUAUUUACUUAUCACGAUUGAAAAUGUGCCAUCGUUCAGCUUUCAAAUACAAAUUUCACGAGUUGUGAUCUGAAAAUAAAAAUCGUAUCCGAUAUCAACAAAAAGAAAAUCAAACGUAAUUCGAUGUAAGUAUCGCGUAAAAAUUUAUUAUAUGUCCGUUUAAAUUUCUUGUGGUCAAUUAAUGAUACACGUGUUCACUUUGGGGUAUUCAUUUGUACGAUAUUUUUAGUAUCUCUCUAUAAAACAAACUUCAAUUUAUUGUAUAUUCAUUAUAAAUAAUCUAUUAUCUUUUAAUAUAUAGUACCUUGAAUUUUUUUACAUUCAACAUCUUAUAGUAAUGCCUGUAACGAUGAUUUAUACAUAGAUGAUAUGUAUAAACGUCUUUUACUCACCGAUUUCUGUUUCCUUAUUCUGGUAACCCAAAGUGUUUUUGCUAGUCUAUUUGCUCACAAAAGUAUAAAAUCGAAGAAAUAAUUCGUUCUAUAUUUCAAAUUCUUUGAUCUUUUUUUGUAUAAAAUAAAUAUUCUCCAUUGAAUAAAUGUAUACGGAGACGAUGAUUUGUAUGAUAUCUUACAACUUUUAAGGAAACAAACUUUAAUAAUGAUAAUCGACAGAGUUGUAAAGAUUUCAUGCGAAUAAAAUAAUGCUUUUACUGUGCCA